CAGCCAUAGAAAGUAGUAAGAUAAUUUCAAAGCUUUAUGCAGUUAUCUUAACGGAUAUACCAAGUUCAUUGUUUAAAAAUCCAGUAUUUCAGCACUUCCAAUGGUUACCAUCAGCUGAUCCUUCCGUGAAUGUAAUUCGCCGUUCUCUUCGAUCGUUCACGUACCGGGUUUGUUUACUGACGUGUUCAGAACUCGUUGGUUAUUAUCUAGAACUGACCAAUUUAUUCAGCAGCUAUUGUACAUAUAUUUGCCGCUUUAUUGUUGUAACAUUUAGUUGUUAACAGUGGCUGUUAAGUAAAACGUUGCAAAAUGUUUGACAUAUUAAACACAAUUUCGGUAAAGUUUACCGAGGAGGAAUUGAAAGAGUGUUUGAGGAAUGUUAGUGGAAGUGACGCCGUUGUUAUUAUUUCGAUUGAGGCAGGGAACGGUUCCGAGAAAAAGGGAGACUCUUACUUGAGCACCAUCUAUAGGUUUACCGUCGAAGCAGUUGCGGAAGCCCAGGAAAAAGAUAAAAAUAUUCGUUUACACGUCAUAGCGAAAGGUAUUCCAAAAAACGUGGCAAGGAGGAAAACGUUUCGAUCCCUAGAUUUUUUUCAGACUGAAGUUAAUUUCUACAACAACGUGUGGCCUCUGAUGAAAAAGUUAAAAGAUUCUAAAAACUUCGACGAAGCUGACGAAGUUCCAAUGGUUUUAUCGUCUUUUUCUAACGGUGAAAAUGACUAUGUCGCUCUAAAAGAUUUAAGUUUUGAGGGCUAUGAAACGGUUCAAAGAGAUAUAGGAAUUGACCAGGACUAUGCCUUGUUGUUUCUGAAAUUACUAGCAAAUUUUCACGCGCUCUCUAUCGCGGCCAGACAUCUGGAUCCUGAGUUUGAAAAAGUCGCCAGAUCCUUGAAGGAAACCUAUUUUGAUGAAAGAUUCAGAAGUUGGUAUUCAGGAUUUAUGGAAAAUAAAUUAAAUGAAGUAAUACGAAAUGCGGUUAGAACUCAACUAGAUUCUGUGUAUCUAGAAAAGAUUAACAAGUUUUUCUCUAGCGAUUCCUAUGGGCUAGUGUGUAAGUUAGCUAAAGGACCUCCAAGCAAACUGUUGGCAGUAACUCAGGGGGAUGUUUGGACUCCAAAUUUUUUGGUGAAACUUCAAAAUGGAAGACCAGUAAAUGGAAUUCUGAUCGAUUUUCAGCUAGCCAGGUACGCUUCAAUUACAGGAGAUCUGAUUCAAUUCCUAUACAGUUGUAUCUCUCAGGAGGUACUCCUCAAAGAAUGGGACAACCUAGUGGAUGAGUACCACAGACAACUUUCAAAAAGGAUUGGAGAAUUGGGUUGUGAUCCAAACUUGAUCACUCUGGGCGAUCUUAAGGAAGACAUACAAAAAAAUGGCCAGCUCGGUCUUGCCAUGGCAAUGGAGAGCACAGUGAUGUCCUCGUUGAAAGAACACGAGGUGCCAGACUUGGACACAAUUCAAGGCGACGAACCUGUCCCCUUGGAGCAAGUAUGGGACAUUUCUCCAUUCGAUGAUGUCCCAAGGAACAAGAGAGUGGCAUUUAUAAUAAAACAUGCUGUAGAUAAAGGAUUCAUGUAA